AGGAGGAAGAGUCAGUCAGCUGAUGUGUUGUCGAACUGUGGAGUGGACAUUUAAACUCGAGUUAAAAGAAUAGAAUUUAUGGAAAUAUAUGUAUUGUUGAAAACAAAAACUGUGUUCCUUUGUCACUUCAGCAGGACAAAUGUUAACUAUAUAAACAUUUUGCGAUAUUCUCAGCUAGCAUACAAGCUAGCUACACGAGGAAAAACAGUUAAGUGAAGUAACGUUAGUGGCCGUACAUAAAAGUAAGAAAUGAGCAGAAAAAGAGCCCUGAUUGCAGACACGUUCUGUUUAACAAAGAGACGCAGAUGUGCAGCUGACAGUGUGACCGCAGAUGGGGCAGCUGAUAUCAGGUCAAGCUUGCAGUAUCUCAUGACAAUGUUUUCACGAAAGCUCUUCAACGACAGUCUCCCACCAGUGGUCCUAAAACACCAGCUGUACAGUUUACACAAUGACAAAACCUCAGUGGACAAGCAGGUGAAUGAGUUGAGGGAAAAUGGCGAGCUGUUGAUGUUCCAGCUGGGGUUCGACUCCGAGGCCUUCGCUUUGGUGUUUGCUGAAGAUUACAGAACAAAAGUCCUGCAGGGGGAAGCUGGCAGAGAAACGUUGGGAACUGUGGAGAAAUUUCUGGCCAAACUAAUACCCGGCUGCUCCGAUUUGAGUUUCAACAAGGAAAAAAUGCUUAAGGAGUUCCUCUUUACAGACCCAGAGAUAACGCAGCUGGUGAAAUCAGGCGUCCUCACUGUGAGGGAUGCGGGCAGCUGGUGGCUUUCAAUCCCGAACUCUGGCAAAUUCAUUAAGUACUUCAUUAAGGGACGCAAAGCUGUUCUCGGCGUGGUUAAGAAAUCCAAAUAUGGUGAAAUCCUCAAGACUGAAUUGGAGGGACGCCGCACAACUUCACAGGUCAAAUUCCAGAUGAAGUAUCACAUUCAUGAUAUAAUGGGAGCAGAGUUAGUGGAAUGCAUACAGACAACAUCAGGAACAUUAUUACGAUACGUGGACGGAAACGUCAACUAAGAACUCCACUCACUUGACUUGAAUUGAACUGUGUAAUGUAUUUAUUGCCAUAUUAUUUUGGUUACAAACAGCAGAAUCAACUGUGCACAAUAUAUAUAUAAUAAAAUUUUGCCAAACUUCUUGGUGUCAAAUGGUGUCUUUGUUGGCACCACUCAGGAUCGCCACUAGUUAAGGUUUUGAGACCAUAUGUCGCUACCAGUUACAUGGCAUUUACAGCUUAAGACAAUUGUGUCCAGAACUGAGUGUAAAUUACCACGGUAAAAAGCAAAUCACAUAUUUUCGGGAGUCCUGCACCAACCUCACAAUUUAACCGACUGCUGAAGGCUAAAAUCGGAACGACAGAAGGUUGGGCGGAGCUACAUAAGGUUUCUAAUUGAAACAAAACGCAACUUUUUAGGGUUUAAUCUAAAUUUAUUGCGUUUCAUUAUCUCUGUAAAACAAGUGACGUAAUGAAUACCCCUAAAAACAGGGUUACAAUCUGGCUAUGACAGUGCAGAAAUCGCUCGAUAGGGUGAUCAAAAAUGAUGCACAUUCUGUAUUUGUGCCUCGGGACAGUUCAAGUAAGUAUGUAAAAGUGUAAAAAGUCAGAAUACCUUGCACAUGAUGUGCUGCUCAAAUCAAUAAGACUUGAUUUCAGAAUAUAAACACAUUUGACAGUUACAUGUUAUUAGUACAGUAAGAAGUAAAAUGUAAGUGAUUAAGUGGAAUAAACCGCAUCAAGAGAAAACUUACUAAUUCCUGUAGUGUACACUUUUGACAGUAGUCUUUCUUUUUGUAAAAAGUGUCAAAAAGAAGAACGUUUCUAAAAAUGUGUUAACAAAAAAAUAGAUAUGGCUGUAGAUGGUGUAUUAUAAAUGCCCAAAGAGCAUCAAGGUGUUCAUAUACCGCUAAAUUAAGAUUGACACUAAAUGUCCCAUGUGAUCCAUUAGAUAUUUU